GUUCAGUGACGUCCAAGCGCCGGCAGGCAGCGAGUAAGCGGCCGCCGCCCUCGCUCCCUGGAGGUGCCGCCGGACCCUAGCCGCCUCGUCCGUCCCCCUCCCCCGCCCUCGUCUCUGCCUGGCGACCGCGAUGUCUGACAAGGAGUUCAUGUGGGCCCUCAAAAACGGAGACUUGGAUGAGGUGAAGGACUACGUGGCCAAGGGUGAAGAUGUCAACCGGACACUUGAAGGUGGGAGGAAGCCUCUUCACUAUGCAGCAGACUGUGGACAGCUUGAGAUUCUGGAAUUUCUGCUAUUGAAAGGAGCCGAUAUUAAUGCUCCAGACAAACACAAUAUCACACCACUCCUAUCAGCAGUCUAUGAGGGCCAUGUUUCCUGUGUGAAAUUGCUUCUGUCAAAGGGUGCUGAUAAGACUGUGAAAGGCCCAGAUGGACUAACUGCCUUUGAAGCCACUGACAACCAGGCAAUCAAAACUCUUCUUCAGUGACGGAUGGACUGAUACCUUAACUGUCUCUCCUGUGGCCUCACACUGCUGCCUGUCUGUCACUCUUUUGCAUCUUCAAGCUUCUUCAGCUAAAUACUUUGGGGGGAGGGAAAUUAUUUCUGAAUCAGACUAGUUAGGGGCUUGUAUUGAAGAUAAUCUCUUUGGGGAGGGUUAAAAAACUAUUAUGAACAGUGUCCCUCUAGGACUUCUUUUCAGUGCACAAUCUCUUCCUGUUUCUAGUGAAAAUGGAAGAAGGAAGACAGACCAUGAUCUUGAAUUUUAUGCUUGUAAACCUCCUAGUUAGUACUAAGAUUUUUUUGAAAGAUUCCUUUAGAUGGAAGUACUGUGCUAUGUUCCUAAAACUAAUUGUGAAGGAGACAAUAGUCCCAUGCUAUUAGUGUCUGCUAUAAUCUGAAGUGUAGUGAUGUAGGUGGCUGGGUUGCUUUUCUCUCUGUGGUUAGCUUUAUUAUCCUUCUGCCUAAAGCUUAUGUUGCAGUUUUGAGGACUUUUGAUACUAGUUAUUGGACCUGUUCUUUAUAUUGACUAAUUGGAUGUCACACUAAUAUUUUUCUGACCUAUUGAAUAAACCAGGAAAGAUCAGUUGAGGCAUGGUGAUGUUACACUCCAGAAUAUCUGCUAAGGUACUUUUGGAUGCUUGAAUCUGAAGUUUUUCUUUCCCAUGUUUAUUCUGGUCCAGGACAGAUGUUUUAAGCAACUGGUUUUGAGAGAGUUCGAAGUGUCACUGUAGUUAUUUCCAAAAGGAUUCUAAGAUGGAAUUACUUUACUCACCAUGUCAGCAUAAAAUUUAUAGACGCAUGUGAAAGCUACAAGCUCUUUGGUACACAUGGAUAAUCAAGUCAAAAGUGGAAAAUGAACAAUAUCUAGACAUUCAUAUCAGGUGAAAUUGUUGCUAAAUAUUUCUGGUAAACUUUUAAAAUACAUCUAAGCUUUCUAAGUUCAGGUGUUAGGAACAGGAAGACGUACAAGUAGAAGUCUUAACUUGCUCUAACUACUGGAGGAAAAAAAACCAAUUUUUAAUUGUGCAUAUCUUUGAAUCAGUAUUUCAUUGUUGGCCGAAUGAAGCCCUUAAAUUUUUAAUGAAGUUAAGGCGUGGGGCUGAAAAGUUCUCAGUGCAACCCACAUUAACCAUCAACUUUUAGAUAAGAUUUACUAUACCGGUAAUUAUGACAGUACUGUGACAGCCUUGAUAAUUCAUGGGAAGGUAUUUAAUGAUGUUCUAGGUAUUCCCAUCACAUUUUAUGGUCCUCAGGAACGUCUGAGCUUCUUUCUGGCUUUCAUUUUGAAAAUUUUCAUUACAUUGCUAGUUCACCCAGAACUGCAUAACAGUUUUUGUAACAGAAAAGUGUAUACCACAAACUAUACAUCUUCCUCUUUUUUGGAAUACAGAUUUCAGACUUUCUGAUAACAUACAAAAUACAGAAACGAGUGUAUAUAAUGUCUCGUGCUGAAUUCUUAAACAAAAGUAGCUGAUAUUAUUUUGAUAUUACUGUUGAAAUUGAGAGGAUAUGUAGAAGUAGGCUGGUGACUACCACCCAUAUUUAAUGGAGACUUAGUUUUACUUGAAUAAUGUUGCAUAUUACGAUUUAAUGUCCCAGCUAUAAAAAGCCUUGUGUUGACUGUAAAGUGAGAGCAGAAACUGAUUUACAUGUCCACAUCCCAUAAGAGAUGGAGAAAACAAUCAACUCUGGCCAUAAACUGUACAGUGCAAUUACUCUUUGCUUCUUUGAGAUGGGUGGCAAGGAAGAGCAGAAGGGUUGGAAAUCAGCGAUAAAUCAAUUGAUGAGCUGCUGAUAAAAGAACAAGCAUGUUUGGUGAACAAUGCUUUUAGUGCUAUUUAAAGAGAACUCUUUAAUCUUAUCUCUGAUCAGUGCUGGAUUGUCUUGUUGUUGUAAUAGUGUGAACACAGACUAUAGAUUUAACUCUUUAUUCAGCUAUGAAAGUAAGCAUCUUUGGUAUAAAUUUGCCUCCAUAUUAUGCUAUUAAAUACUUAGCUAUUAAAAUACUAGUCUAGAAAACUGCAA